AUGGCCGUUGUCAAUCCAGUUCUCACUGGGUUCAAUCCUGACCCCUCCAUUACUCGUGUUGGAGAUGACUUCUUUCUUGCGACUUCAAGCUUCGAGUACUUACCAGGGGUCCCAAUAUACCACAGCAAGGACUUGAUUCGGUGGAAGCUCAUUGGCCAUGCCUUGACUAGAAGGAGUCAGAUUCAUAUCGCAGGACCUGAGCCAGGGGGAGGAGUUUGGGCGCCAACCUUGAGGUAUCACGAUAACGUCUUCUACUUGGCCACAUCCAGCUUCGACAGAUUCCGUCCUCAGCAAAACGAAAGAUUAUAUCCUCGGGGGUUCUAUGUCAGGACAGAAAACAUAUGGGACUCGUCAUCUUGGUUAGAUCCUGUAUACUUUGACGUAAUAGGUUUCGAUCAAGACCUUUUCUGGGACGCUGAUGGAAGCGUGUACUUGUCUACGACUCACGUCAAAGCCGAUCGUCCGCCCGAUGCGGACAAAUCGCGGCUCGACUUUGCGAUCCAUGUCUGCAAGGUAGACUUGAACACUGGCGAUUCAAUUUCCGAGUCUGUGAUGAUUCGAGAAUCGCCAACAGGUAUCUCCGAGGGCUCACAUAUUUUCCAACGGGGUCGGUACUAUUACCUCCUGACGGCCGAGGGCGGCACUGGUUCAAGACAUUCUGUAUGGGCAUUUCGCAACGACCAGGGACCACUGGGUGCCUGGGAGGCAUGUCCUAAGAAUCCUCUGCUCAGAAGCGGUACUGAAAAUAAGGUGCAAAACACUGGGCAUGCGGACUUGGUUGAGGAUAUCAACGGCCAGUGGUGGGCUGUCCUUUUGGGAGUCCGUCCGUAUCGGCGAGAUUCCGGAGAAUGGGAAGAGUCAGUUUUUGGACGCGAAACGUUUGUAGUCCCCGUGCAGUGGAUUGAUGACUGGCCGGUCAUUAACAGGGGAGAUGAGAUUCGUCUCGGUCCUGAGCUGGAAGCUAGCACUGAGACACUAUGGAGGGACGAUUUUUCUGAACCCGUACUGGGACUUGGAUGGUACAGAAAAAAUACACCGGAUAAACUUGAUCACGCCAUCACGAGUAAUCCCAGUCGCCUGCGCCUCUACGGCGGACCCUACAAUCUUUCUGUGCCAGCCAGCCCAACCAUGUUCCUGCGGAAGCAAACAUUGAGAUGUUGCAUCUGGGAAACAAAAGUCUCAUUCCAUCCCACGACAGAACAUGAAGAGGCUGGGUCAGUAUUAUGGUGGAAUUAUUUAACUUACAGCAGUAUCGGGAUUCGCAAAGCGCGCCGCGGUGAUGGUAUGAGCCCAGCAGCGGCCGCGAGAAUGAUUCAUUUGAGAUCGGCUCGAGGAGAUGCGGUCUCACGACUGCUCGAGCAGCCCGACUCGGACGUUUGCCUCUAUAUCCGAUGCGGCAAGAAGUAUGAAUUUGGCUUCAGGGAGCUUGUUGGACCUGGAGAUGAAGAUGGGCCAAUCCAGUGGCUAGGCGAAGCCAGUAACGAGGUCAUGACAAACCCACCAUCUGCCGGCUUAGCCUUCUCCGGGAUGAUGUUCGGAUUGUAUGCCUUUGCAGACUAUCAGCAGUCACUGAAUGCGGCUGAAUUCCACUACGCGCAAGUAAAGUUGAUAGAUGGUUGCCAGGAAUAG